GUGUUAAAAAACAAAAAAACCAAAAAAAAAAAAACAAAACGAAGGCUCCCGGCUAGACGAAACGCCGCCGCCAUGAGCGUGGAGGCGUACGGCCCCAGCUCGCAGACCCUCACCUUCCUGGACACCGAGGAGGCCGAACUGCUCGGCGCGGACACGCAGGGCUCCGAGUUCGAGUUCACCGACUUCACCCUCCCCAGCCAGACCCAGACCCCGCCCGGGCCCGGCCAGGCGGGGCCGGCUCAGGGCCAGGGGCCUCCCGGUGCGGGGCAGGGAGCUCCGGGCCCGCUGGAAGCGCAGGUGAAUGGUCCUGAUGGGAUCUUGCAGAACGGAGCUGUGGAUGAGAAUGUGGCCAAGACCAGCCAGCUCCUGGCAGAGCUCAACUUUGAGGAGGAUGAGGAGGACACUUAUUACACCAAGGAUCUGCCUGUGCAUGCCUGCAGUUACUGUGGGAUCCACGACCCUGCCUGUGUGGUUUACUGCAACACCAGCAAGAAAUGGUUCUGCAACGGCCGUGGAAACACCUCUGGCAGCCACAUCGUGAACCACCUGGUGAGAGCCAAGUGCAAGGAGGUGACCCUGCACAAGGAUGGACCUUUGGGAGAGACAGUCCUGGAGUGCUACAACUGCGGCUGCCGCAACGUCUUCCUGCUGGGCUUCAUCCCUGCCAAGGCUGACUCCGUGGUGGUUCUGCUGUGCAGGCAGCCGUGUGCCAGCCAGAGCAGCUUGAAGGACAUCAACUGGGACAGUUCCCAGUGGCAGCCCCUGAUCCAGGACCGCUGCUUCCUCUCCUGGCUGGUGAAGAUUCCCUCGGAGCAGGAGCAGCUCCGGGCCCGGCAGAUCACAGCCCAGCAGAUCAACAAACUGGAGGAGCUCUGGAAGGAAAAUCCAUCUGCAACUCUGGAGGACUUGGAAAAACCUGGUGUUGAUGAGGAACCUCAACAUGUCCUGCUUAGAUAUGAAGAUGCUUAUCAAUACCAAAAUAUAUUUGGUCCUCUGGUCAAGCUUGAGGCAGAUUAUGACAAGAAACUCAAGGAAUCUCAGACCCAAGAUAACAUCACAGUCAGGUGGGACCUGGGCUUGAACAAGAAGAGAAUUGCUUAUUUUACUUUGCCAAAGACUGAUUCAGACAUGCGCCUCAUGCAAGGAGAUGAGAUCUGCCUGAGGUACAAGGGAGACCUGGCCCCACUCUGGAAAGGAAUUGGGCACGUGAUCAAAGUUCCUGAUAGUUCUACAGAUUAUGGUGAUGAGAUUGCCAUCGAGCUGAGGAGCAGCGUGGGAGCUCCCGUGGAGGUCACCCACAACUUCCAGGUGGAUUUUGUGUGGAAGUCAACUUCCUUUGACAGGAUGCAGAGUGCUCUGAAAACAUUUGCAGUGGACGAGACCUCAGUGUCUGGGUACAUUUACCACAAACUGCUGGGCCAUGAGGUGGAAGAUGUCAUCAUCAAAUGCCAGCUGCCAAAACGUUUCACAGCCCAGGGACUCCCUGAUCUCAACCACUCUCAGGUUUAUGCUGUCAAGACCGUCCUGCAGCGUCCUCUGAGCCUUAUCCAGGGUCCCCCUGGCACUGGGAAAACAGUGACAUCAGCCACCAUUGUGUAUCACCUGGCCAGGCAGGGCAAUGGACCUGUGCUGGUGUGUGCCCCCAGCAACAUCGCCGUGGACCAGCUGACAGAGAAGAUCCACCAGACUGGCCUCAAGGUGGUUCGUCUGUGUGCCAAGAGCCGUGAGGCCAUCGACUCCCCCGUGUCCUUCCUGGCACUGCACAACCAGAUCAGGAACAUGGACAGCAUGCCAGAGCUUCAGAAGCUGCAGCAGCUCAAGGAUGAGACUGGAGAACUUUCCUCUGCUGAUGAGAAGCGUUACCGGGCGCUGAAACGCACGGCGGAGAGGGAGCUGCUCAUGAAUGCAGAUGUGAUCUGCUGCACGUGUGUGGGAGCUGGAGACCCCCGGCUGGCCAAGAUGCAGUUCCGCUCCAUCCUCAUCGACGAGAGCACGCAGGCCACCGAGCCCGAGUGCAUGGUGCCCGUGGUCCUGGGGGCCAAGCAGCUGAUCCUGGUGGGUGACCACUGCCAGCUGGGGCCCGUGGUGAUGUGCAAGAAGGCAGCCAAGGCUGGGCUGUCGCAGUCGCUGUUUGAGAGGCUGGUGGUGCUGGGCAUCCGGCCCAUCCGGCUGCAGGUGCAGUACCGCAUGCACCCCGCCCUGAGCGCCUUCCCCUCCAACAUCUUCUACGAGGGCUCCCUGCAGAACGGGGUCACGGCAGCUGACAGGGUGAAGAAAGGAUUUGAUUUCCAGUGGCCCCAGCCUGACAAACCCAUGUUCUUCUACGUGACCCAGGGGCAGGAGGAGAUUGCCAGCUCAGGCACCUCUUACCUCAACAGGACUGAAGCUGCCAACGUGGAGAAGAUCACCACGAAGCUGCUGAAGGCGGGGGCCAAGCCUGACCAGAUUGGGAUCAUCACGCCGUACGAGGGCCAGCGCUCGUACCUGGUGCAGUACAUGCAGUUCAGUGGCUCCCUGCACACCAAGCUCUACCAGGAAGUGGAAAUUGCGAGUGUGGAUGCUUUCCAGGGCAGGGAGAAGGAUUUCAUCAUCCUGUCCUGUGUCAGGGCCAAUGAACACCAGGGCAUUGGCUUCCUCAACGACCCCAGGAGGCUCAACGUGGCCCUGACGAGAGCCAGGUACGGGGUGAUCAUUGUGGGGAACCCCAAAGCUCUGUCCAAGCAGCCCCUCUGGAAUCACCUCCUGAAUUACUACAAGGAGCAGAAGGUGCUGGUGGAGGGACCCCUGAACAACCUGAGGGAGAGCCUGAUGCAGUUCAGCAAACCCCGCAAGCUCGUCAACACCAUCAACCCCGGUGCCCGUUUCAUGACCACUGCCAUGUAUGAUGCACGUGAGGCCAUCAUCCCUGGCUCUGUCUACGACCGCAGCAGCCAAGGGCGUCCAUCCAACAUGUAUUUCCAAACCCACGACCAGAUUGGGAUGAUCAGUGCUGGUCCCAGCCACGUCACUGCCAUGAACAUUCCCAUCCCCUUCAACCUCGUCAUGCCCCCCAUGCCACCCCCGGGGUACUUCGGCCAAGCCAACGGCCCUGCUGCAGGCCGUGGAGCUCCCAAAGGGAAGACCGGCCGCGGCGGGCGGCAGAAAAAUCGAUUUGGGAUUCCUGGCACGAGCCAGUCCAACCUCCCCAACAGCCAGGCCAGCCAGGACGUGGUGUCCCAGCCCUUCUCGCAGGGCCCCCUGACCCAGGGCUACAUCUCCAUGAGCCAGCCCUCCCAGAUGAGCCAGCCCGGGCUCUCCCAGCCCGAAUUAUCCCAGGACAGUUACCUUGGUGAUGAGUUUAAAUCCCAGAUUGACGUGGCGCUGUCACAGGACUCAACUUACCAGGGAGAACGAGCUUAUCAACAUGGUGGAGUGACAGGGCUGUCACAGUAUUAGAGUGUUGAGGAAGAAGAGCUAAGCUUGCGUGGAGCUUAGUUCAUCAGCAUUUUAUUCUGGGUAAUAAAAAAAAUAAAAUAAAAUGGA